CUGGUCUCAGUUGGAAGGGUUUCCCAGCUGCUGAGUGCCGCGGGCGGGCCAGGGCAGCAGCGUCCGAGCCCUCGGUCAGCCUGCCUGGUGGUCCCUGCCCAGCUUUCAUUUCAUCACAAUCUCUGCCCCUGACCUGCUCUGUGGCCCCCUCCCUUGCUGCCGCCUCCUGUGCCUCUCUCAGGACUCCUAGUGUCUCCUCCGCUCAGGUUCUUACCUUCUAGCUGGCUGGUGACUGAGUGCCACCACCGGACCACCUUGACAGCACCUCAAAGCCAAACUGGAUUUCGUGGAGUUCUCCUGGGACUCUAACCCACCCUCAGCUGGCCCCAGGAUUGGCCUUGGAGAGCUCCAGGGGCUACCGGAUGAGCAGGUUGUGUGGGCAGGCUCAGAUGUCGCUGGGCCUCAGGUCUGGCUUCCCCCUGCCUGGGAGAGGUUGCCCUCCCAGCCGGGAGGAGACCCCAAGAACCAUGGCCCAGCUGCCUCGGACACAUCUGGAGAAAUCAAAAUCCCACUCCUUUCGUUAUGUGAUCUGCCUUCUCCUCCUCGCCCUUGUCUUGACCUCCUUGGGCUGUACCUUCCUGGCACCGAGAAGCCAGAAUCUGGAAGACACUCUGGCCAGGCCCAGUCUGGCUGCUAAAGAAAUGAACCACCUGGAAGUCGUGAACGUAUCAAGGUUGGUGUACCCACAGCCAAACCUGCUACUGUUUUCUAAGGAGGAUGUCCUUGUCCAGACACCUUGGUUAGCUCCAAUUGUGUGGGAAGAGACUUUCAACAUUGAGAUACUCAAUGAGCACUUCUGGCUCCAGAAUGUCACCGUUGGGUUGGCCUCGUUUGCCGUGAAGAAGUACGUGGUCUUCCUGAAGCCGUUCCUGGAGACGGCAGAGGCCCACUUCAUGGUGGGACACAGGGUGAAAUACUACAUCUUUACCGAUCAGCCCAAUGGCGUCCCGCCCAUCCGGCUCGGAGCCGGGAGGCAGAUGGCCAUCCUGGAGGUCCCGACCCCCGCCGGCCGCCGGGAGGUUUCCGGACCCCGCAUGGAAAUACUCAGCCAUUUCUCUUCUCUGCACUUCUUCAAGGAGGUGGAUUACCUGGUGUGCGCACACGUGGACGUGACCUUCCAGGAGCACGUGGGCGUGGAGAUCCUCUCCGCCUUGUUCGGCACCAUCCACCCUGUCUUCUUUGGGCGCCAUCGGGACACCUUUGCCUACGAACGCUGGCCCCAGUCGCAAGCCCACGUUCCGCUCGGCGAGGGGGACUUCUAUUACACAGAGGCUUUAUUUGGGGGUUCAGUGCUGGAAGUUCACAAGCUCGCCACAGCCUGUCACGAGGCCAUGGCGAGGGACAAAGCCCGCCACGUUGAGGCUGUGUGGCGUGAGGAGAGCUACUUGAACAAGUACCUGCUUUACCACAAACCCACCAAGGUCCUCUCCCCUGAGUACAUGUGGGACAAGAGGCUGAUGGACUUGCCGGCCAUCUUCCAGAACGUGAGAUUUCAGGACAAGUGGGUGCUCCAAAGAAUCACCAAGCAACCCAGAACGCGUGACGGAAGCGUCCAGGGAAGCGGGGAGAAGUCCAGGGGACAGGGCACUGUCACCACCAGCAAGGUCAAAGGAAUAAGCACACUGAAUGUGACGAAGCUGAGCCCUGUGUGAGGACGAAUCUUUGCCACCGACGUCUCCACUCGCGAUCUGAGGCCUACUUCCUGCCUCUCCACACCUGAGGCUGAAAUCCGCCCAAUGGCACCUGUUUCCGUCUUUAGCAGACUGAUUCUAAUAAAAGUAACUGUGACUGA